ACUCCUUUCAGCUUGAAACCUUUCCUUUCUACAAACUCAAGAACACUGCUGCAAUUUCUAAGAAGAAAAAAAAAGAUAAAAGAACAGGUCCUUAAAUCCUGGUUGCGCGCGUGAGCUUUUGAAUACAGCUUCCAUGGCGGAGCAAGGUAAAACUGGCGAUGAAGUAAUUCAUGGUUGCUUUUCAACGGUUGGGCUUGGACGCCUCAAGGGUUUCGCGACGACGACGACUACCUUCAUAUUCUUCUUCUUCCUCGUUGUUAUUGCAGCUCUGUUUUGGAUGGAUGUUCCAAUCAUACGAGGGAAUCCGUUUAGUUUUACUACCUCUGAAAUUCAUCACGAGAGGAUUCCAUUUCCUCUCACCUGUUCCGGUUCAGUUAAUUACACGUCGGUGGUUAAGCCCAAAGAAUCAUCGGCCAAAACUUGCCCGGACUAUUUCCGGUGGAUCCACCAAGAUUUAAAGCCAUGGAAAGCUUCGGGAAUUACAAAAGACAUGAUCGAGAGGGGAGUACCGAGUGCGGAUUUCCGGCUCGUGAUUGCCAACGGAACGGCUUAUGUGGAUAGAUACAGACCGUCGUAUCAAACCAGAGAUUUGUUCACUUUGUGGGGCAUUCUGCAGCUUCUAAGGUUGUACCCUGGAAAAGUACCGGACUUGGACCUUUUGUUCUAUUGUGGAGAUAAUACUGUGAUCAUGAAAAGAGACUACAAAGGACUGUUUGCUAAAUCAUCGCCGCCGCCGGUGUUUCAUUAUUGUGGAGAGAAGGCGGCGCUGGACAUUAUAUUCCCUGACUGGACCUUCUGGGGAUGGGUAGAGGUUAAUAUAAAGCCAUGGGAGGAGAUCUUGAGGGCAAUAAAGGGAGGGAGGGAGAAGGUCAAGUGGGAGAAGAGGGAUCCUUAUGCCUAUUGGAAGGGUGCAAUCACUUCUAGAGAUAGGUCUCAUCUUAUGAAGUGCAACCUUUCACACACUCAUGAUUGGAACGUUCGGCUUUAUUUGCAGGAUUGGGGUAAAGAAAUCGGAGAAGGAUUCAAGCAUUCUAAUUUGGAAGAUCAAUGCACCCAUAGGUAUAAAAUUUAUGCAGGAGUGACAUGGUCUGUAAGUGAGAAAUACAUAAUGGCGUGCGAUAGUAUGACCUUGAUGAUAAAGCCUAAAUACUACGAUUUCUUCUCGAGAAGCCUCGUGCCGAUGACGCAUUUCUGGCCGAUCCAACGCAGAAAGAAAUGCAAGCAUCUUAAGUUUGUAGCUGAUUGGGGCAAUAAUCACACUCAUGAGGCGCAGGCCAUAGGGAAAGCAGGAAGCAAAUUCAUGGAAGAGAUGGUGGCAAUGCGAAAUGUGUAUGAUUACAUGUUCCAUUUGUUGAAUGAAUACUCGAAACUCUUGAAAUUUAAACCGAUUAUACCUCCGAACGCCCAACGGCUCUGUGCCGAAACCACCGAGCAAGGUUUAGCUAGAGAGUUUAUGUUGCAGUCGAUGGUGAAGUCUCCUAGUGAUGAGCUUCCAUGUGCAUUGCCUCCGCCAUUUGAGCCUAAAGACAUUCAAGCUUCUUUCGACGCAGAAAAGAAUAUAGCUAGGCAAGUGGAGACUUGGGAGACUGAAUAUUGGAACAAAAAAACUAGACGAUAAGAAUUAAACUUUAUGAGGUGACGGCCAAGCUCUCUCUCAAUUCUCAAGUACUGCAAGAGCUUUCGAUUCUUCAGGUUUACUCUGCUUACGGUGGUGAUAUAGUUUUUGGAUCCUCCACUGUAGGCGGUGGUGUCUCCGUCGUUUCAGCUUCUGCCCGCAUCCUCAUCCUCUCGCCAAUCGCCAUUAUUUGAUCGGUGUUCCUGUAGAAGAAACCAAACAAAUUUAUAUCUGAGGUUGUGAUCCAAUGACCAUUUCAUGUAUAAGGCCUCGUUUCUCUGACCUCUUAAUCACAGACAU